CAUAGUAGUAAUUCUAUCGUACGACCAUAUAAUAUUUUGAAGUUCAUCACCGAUAUCUGGCCAAUAUAUAUGAAGAAAGUCGAGGGAGAUAGGAGUAAAAAUGGGCUCUAGUCAAGUCCUCACGGAAGUCAGUCUGACGUCACUCCGUAAACUCGCGGAGGGAAAAGUGCGCGACCUCUACAGUGUCGACGAUAACACUCUGCUAUUCGUCACCACCGACCGCAUUUCCGCCUACGAUGUAGUCAUGAAGAACGGCGUUCCGCGCAAGGGCUCAUUGCUGACCCUGCAAUCCGUGCAUUGGUUCAAGGUGCUGUCGGAAAGGGUGCCUGGUCUCAAGACACACUUCCUAACCACCGAUGUCCCGUCUCAAGUUUCGCCCGAGGAGGCACAACUCAUCCGGAACCGCAGCAUGCAGGUUCGCAAGCUGAAAGUCUUCCCACUCGAGGCCAUCGUCCGCGGUUAUAUCACCGGCUCCGCUUGGAAGGAGUACAAAGCUCACGGCACCGUCCACGGCACGCCGCUACCUCCGGGACUCCGCGAGUGCGAUGCCAUCCCCGGCGGUCCCAUCUACACGCCCAGCACCAAGGCGCCGCUCGGCCAACAUGACGAAAAUAUUUCUCGCGAGCGGGCUGCGCAGAUCGUCGGCGAUAGGUAUGCCGCACGCAUCGAGGAGCUCGCGCUGAAGGUCUUUCGUGCCGGACAGGAGUACGCGGCCGAGUGCGGGAUCAUCAUCGCUGACACCAAAUUCGAGUUCGGCCUCGACGAGGCGACGGACGAGGUCGUGCUCGUCGAUGAGGUGCUGACGUCGGACUCGUCACGCAUGUGGCCGAAGGAUAAAUACGAGCCGGGCCGUGAUCAGGAGAGUUUUGAUAAGCAGUUCUUAAGGAACUGGUUGACGGAUAACGGGCUCAAGGGGAAGGAGGGCGUCGAAGUGCCUGAGGCGGUGCUGAAAGCGACGGGGGAGAGAUAUGCCGAGGUGUUCCGUCGGUUGACGGGGAACACGCUGGAAGAAGCUUUGCGGGAAUAGGACAUAGCUUGGCGCUGAGGGGUGGAAGAUGGUUUUAUGGUACAAUCAUUGAAUGGCUUGACGAAGAGGAAAGAGGGAGGAUGAUUGAACAUGAAAUACAAGAAGGCGAAAAGUAAAAAAUUAAAUACGCAUGUCAACAGGGCAGGUCAGAUCGUGGAAAAUAUUAUUACGCAAAGCUAAACUAAACUACAACAAAU